UUAGCGAGCCAUAUGGAAAAAUGUAACGUUGAGCAAGCCUGAUGAUAAGUUUAUUACUAUCUGACGUGAAUUCGCAUUGAUGUUAUCGCUAACUUUUAAAAAUUGUCGCAGCGCAAGCUACUAAAAUUUGUCUUCAGUUGUCUGUCAUUCACUGAUCGCUAUCAUCUGACGCGGUACAGUCCGAGAUAGAAGGAAACCCCAAACGUCGUUUCCACUUUUAUUUGCAAUUAUUGACUAAUAACGGUGACUACUUGUUUGGUAGACAUUUUUUCGCUUUAUUUUUCAGACUUCUGACUUGUCUAGAUUGCAUUUGGAAGGAUUGCAACACUACAAAUGUUGCUCAGAUAAGUAGCUGAAUGUUAAAAUGAAAUAGUAUAGUUUAUGUAGUUAACGCAAUUAUCCCGCUAACAUUUGCUGAAUUACAAUUUCACGAUGCCGGUUCUUCCUCAAAAUAAUCUGAACGAACAACUCGAGCGAUACAAUAUUAAGGCUACUCGCCAAAACAAACCAUCGCUCUCCAAAUCCAACCCCGGGGUUUUUUCAUUCAAGAAAUCGCCGGUCACCACUCCUGUAGCUGUCGUCUCAAACGUAGCGUACUCGAAUGUUUUAUCAGAGCGGAAGGUCAAUGCCUCUCCUGGCGUAAUAGUGUCUAAACCUUUGACAUCUUUAAGAAAGCCUGAGAGGCAAUGUGCAAAAGCCACCAGUUCUGUCACUCCAAACUCCAAUUCCAAGCUGCAAAGUGUCACCUUGGAAAGAAGGCCUUCACUUAAGUUUACUCCAGCAUUAUGCUCGGCUCGAACUCCUCCACCAAACCGAGAUGCAGGAGGCAUGGCGAGCAGUGUUGUUAAAGACGGCAUGUGUGACGCCUCUCUCGACGAUUGGGAUGAUUUGGAUGACUUUGAAACUCCUGUGCGUGAAAGAAGUGACUUCUUGUCCAGUCUGGGUGAUUCAGGCAACAGAAGCAACAGAAGCAAGGAUGGCAUCAUCAGCUCAGAGAAGGCAAAACACAAACAGAUUGAUGGGGCAAGUAAAGUCCUUCACAGAGCUCUGGGGAUCGGUGCUAAUGGAGAACACCAGAACACAGCACAUUCGCACAGAACGGAGGAAAACCACUUGGACAGUGCUUUGGGGAAUGCAGUUUCUUCUAGCCGUCUUACUACUAAGAGUCCAGCAGCCAAGGAGCGGGAGGACUCUCCUGUUCAAAUGAAGAAAGAGUAUUUGUUCGGUCAGGCCCGGUGCUCACUGAGUGACAGCAUGGGCAAACACAAAAACGCUCCCAGGUCACCUGCUCCAAAGACGGGUGAGCGAUGCAGUUGGACAGAUGCUGAUAUCAUAGACAUUGAAGAAGAGUCUUUGCUGGAGGAUGAAGACAAUAGGCAUAAGUUCAUUCCUCCAUCACUGGAAGUUGAAGUUCUCAACACGCCUUUCUCUGCAAAGGCACCGAGCAGUGCUGAUGUUACUGACUCCGGUCCUGUGGACCAGAUUUCACCUGAAAGAUCAGACUCUGUCAUGCUGGGAAGUCCUACGUUUUCUGAAGUCCAUUCUACAAACUGCAAAGGUAAGGUCGUGCAGUCACAGAUCUUAGAUGUCAUGGAGUCUAUCUGUGGCCUGGUGGACUCCAUCCCAGAACACCAGCUGAUGUCACUCACCUGCGGAAGAGAGCUGGUACAGCUCAGAGCUCUCAGAAAGAAGAUGCUGGCAAAGCCAUCCAAAAUGCUGCUGAGGACAAACAGUUUGGAGGCCAGUUCAGAAACACGUGAGCCCCUGCUUCCAGCUCGUCCUAACCCCAGGUCUUUCAGCCCGCCUUUAGAUGUUGGAGCAAGUUUUGGCAGGUGCUCCCAGCUCAAGAAGUCUUCUACAGUUGGCUAUGAGAGCAGCAUUUUCAACAACUCUGACUCCGUCCUCAGUGGAGUCCAGACCCCUGAUCCCUUAUGCAGGCUGGGUGGCCACUCUGAUCUCAGUUUGACUAGUGGGGGCAGGGACGGGUCCUCCAAGAGCUGUUAUGACCAGUCACUGUUCAGCACCAAUUUCUCCACCUCGUCCCUUGGACGUUCUGACCAGGAGCGGACUUCUGGAAGCUUCUUCUCGCCGAAGAGGUCCGUAAGCGAUGCGCAGAUGAGCGAUUUCUCUGAGAAAGCUGAGCCCACUGCUGCCAGCUCGGAGCCAACGGUGGACGACUUCUUCAUCGACGAUUUCGACAUUGACCACUUUGAUGAGUCGGACCUUCUUGAUUACUCUGAGAAUGUGGUUGACAGCACUAUCAGUGCCUCUUCUGGCACUAAGCAGCAGCCCAAGUCUGUUGUUCAUCCACUUAGAAAUGGGGAGCACAGCAAGACAGCUUGGGAAAUUAAGGCCACACCCCAAACACCUGCUGCUCAGCCUCCAAAGGUGAACGCACCAGGGCCUCCUUCCAGGAACCCCGCCCACGAUCGCUUCCGCGGCUUCGGCUUCCCCCACUCCUCGGAAAUGACGAAGAUCUUCCACAAGCGCUUCGGCCUGCACCAGUUCCGCUUCAACCAGCUGGAGGCCAUCAACGCCACGCUGCUGGGGGAGGACACCUUCGUCCUGAUGCCCACGGGUGGGGGAAAGAGCCUGUGCUAUCAGUUACCUGCUUGUGUGUCAGCUGGAGUCACUGUGGUGAUCUCACCACUGAAAUCUCUCAUCGUGGACCAGGUGCAGAAACUCACCACUUUGGAUAUUCCAGCCACCAGUUUGUCGGGUGAGAAGAGUGACAGUGCGGCUGGGAGGAUUUACAUGCAGCUGUCCAAGAAGGACCCCAUUAUUAAACUGCUGUAUGCCACCCCGGAGAAGGUGUGUGCCAGUGGCAGGAUGAUCAGCGCCCUGCAGAACCUGUAUGAGAGAGGACUGCUCGCACGCUUCGUCAUCGAUGAGGCUCACUGCGUCAGCCAGUGGGGUCACGAUUUCCGGCCGGACUUCAAGCGCCUUCACGAGCUGAGGCAGAAGUUUCCUGGCGUUCCCAUCAUGGCACUGACCGCCACGGCCACGCCCCGUGUGCAGAAGGACAUCCUGCACCAGCUGCAGAUGAGCAAGCCCCAGAUAUUUACCAUGAGUUUCAACAGGCAUAACUUGAAGUAUGCUGUGCUGCCCAAACAACCCAAAAAGGUGGAUGAGGACUGCAUUAACUGGAUAAAGAAACACUAUCCAGAGGGUUCUGGGAUUGUGUACUGCCUCUCCCGUAAUGACUGUGAUACGAUGGCGGACAGCCUGCAGCGGGCCGGCGUAGCGGCGUUGGCCUAUCACGCCGGGCUGAACGACAGUGACCGCGAGUACAUCCAGACCAAGUGGAUCAACCAGGACGGCUGCCAGGUGAUCUGCGCAACCAUUGCGUUUGGUAUGGGCAUCGAUAAGCCCGAUGUGCGGUACGUCAUCCACGCCAGUCUGCCCAAGUCCAUAGAGGGGUACUACCAGGAGUCCGGGCGCGCGGGUCGGGACGGGGAGAUCUCCCAGUGCGUGCUCUUCUACUCCUACACCGACGUCAUUCGCAUCAAGAGACUCAUCACCAUGGACAGGGAAGGCACCCACCAGACCAGAUCCACCCACUUCAACAACCUUCACAGCAUGGUGCACUUCUGUGAGAACCUGAUGGAAUGCAGGAGAAUGCAGCUGCUGGGGUAUUUUGGGGAGCACACGUUUAAUCCCAAUUUCUGCAAGGAGCACCCUGAAGUCAUCUGUGACAACUGCGCCCGCCCAAGUAAAUACAAGGCCCGAGUCGUCACGGAAGACGUGAAGAAGAUCGUGAGGUUUGUGCAGGACAACUGUGAGAAGGUUGGAUUCCGGCAGCGCAAAUCUGCACAGCAGAGCAGGCUGACUCUCCACAUGCUGGUGGACAUUUUCCUGGGGACUAAAAGUGCCCGCAUCCAGACGGGGCUGUUUGGGGUUGGUGCUGCUUACUCCAGACACAAUGCUGACCGGCUGUUUAAGAAGCUGGUCCUGGACCACAUCCUGGAGGAGGAUCUGUACAUCACUGUGAACGGCCAGGCCGUGGCUUACAUCUCCAUGGGCCAGAAGGCCAGCGGCGUCCUGAGCGGAUUCUCACAGGUGGAGUUCUACGAGACGGAGAGUGCGUCUGCCAUCAGGAAGCACAAGGCUGCGGUCACUAAGAGCGUGUCUCAGAGGGAGGAGAUGGUGCAGAAGUGCCUGCAGGAGCUGAACGACCUGUGCAAGAAGCUGGGGAAGGUGUUUGGCAUUCACUACUACAAUAUCUUCUCCGCUGGCACACUCAAAAAGAUCGCAGAGAGCCUGUCUGCGGACCAUGAGGCACUGCUGCAGAUCGAUGGUGUGACUGAGGACAAACUGGAUAAAUAUGGAGCAGAGCUCAUCGAGAUCCUACAGAAAUAUUCAGAGUGGCAGCUCCCUGCGGAGCAGCCAGAGAACACGGGCGGAGCUGGAGGAUGGAUCGACUUGAGGAGGAGUGGAGGCAGAGAAGAGGAAGAGGAGGAGGGCGAAGGGAUGUCCACCUACUUUAAAGGACAAAACAGCAGAGGGGAGAAGCGCAAGAAAGCCUCUUACUUCAAGAAGCCAAAGAGGCGGAGAGGAGGGAACGGAAACCAGAACUCCUCCAGAAGCUACGGCAGCGGUGGUGGUGGCCGGUCGUGGAAAGGGAAGGCCCAGGGAGCUCAGAGUGGCGCCAGGAGCGCGGCCCCCCCCACGGCCGGGAGACGGCCAGGCAUCAUGGCACUGCCCACCCCACAGACCCAUCAGCGGCCCUUCCUGAAGCCCACCUUCUCUCACCUGGGUUAGGUGUGCUGUGGGGGCCUCUUCUCUCACCUGGGUUAGUUGUGCUGUGUGUGGGGGCCUCUUCUCUCACCUGGGUUAGGUGUGCUGUGUGUGGGGGCCUCUUCUCUCACCUGGGUUAGGUGUGCUUUGUGUGGGGGCCUCUUCUCUCACCUGGGUUAGGUGUGCUGUGUAGGCCUCUUCUCUCACCUGGGUUAGGUGUGCUGUGGAGCCCUCUUCUCUCACCUGGGUUAGGUGUGCUGUGGAGGCCUCUUCUCUCACCUGGAUUAGGUGUGCUUGCUCCUUCAGACACUGGACCUUUUCCCCAUACUGACAUUACUGGACACUGCUGCUGUGAUUUGUAUAAAAUGUUUAUUUAUCAAUUUUAACAGUCCCGGUUCUGUUGUAUAUGUACAGUUUUUUCUCCUCAAAGUACAGAUUUCAACGAUACGUUCCUUUUUUCAGUUCUGUUGGCUCCUAGAGUUUCUGAAGUGUUGCAUGAAUCAAAGUUUUGUUGCAGUCACUGGGGAAUUAUGGCCCUGGUUCUGACCGUAAAAUUGAGUGCCAAUGUGUCCCAACAAGUGGCCGUUUGGGUGUGGUGGGGUGGGGAAAGUGUCACACUGUUGUUUUUUUAUUUUUAUUUUAAUUGAUUUGAUUUUAUUGAAUGCUGUAUGAUGGAUGGCAGUGGGAACGUUUUGAGUGUUUAUUUUGUGCUCAGCUGGCUACGCAACUCAAACUCACUCAAGUGGAAAUGUUUUAAUUGUGCAUUAUCGCCAGUAUUGGGCAGAUUUAUUGGUAAAUAUAAUUUCAAACUACAUUAUCUAUUAACGUAUUCUGUUUGAUUACUCAGAAAGUAACCUGGUUUCUUUUGAAUCACUUCCAGUUUUGUUGGUAUGUUUCCAGAAUAAAUGUGUUUGCAAAACA